UAGAGUUUCAAGAGAUUGGGUGGAAGCAGCAAGGCCCUUUGGGGCCUGGACUCUGACCUGGCACUGUCGUUUCCAUCCUACAGCCAGUCACAAGGCCAGCCCAGGCUCUCUAGAUAUCUGUCUUCUUGGCUGUAAAACGAAGAUAAUGAAACCUGACCUUCCCAUGUAUCCAGAUGGUGUCAAGAUAAGAUGAAGUCAUCAAUAUGAAAGUGCCUUGGAAAGUCAGAAGUACUUUGCCAAUGUACACAAAGAUGAAGACAGCCACCAACAUCUACAUCUUCAACCUGGCCUUGGCAGAUGCACUGGCCACCAGCACGCUGCCCUUCCAGAGCGCCAAGUACCUGAUGGAGACGUGGCCUUUUGGGGAGCUUCUCUGCAAGGCUGUGCUCUCCAUCGACUACUAUAAUAUGUUCACCAGCAUCUUCACACUCACCAUGAUGAGUGUGGACCGCUAUAUUGCUGUCUGCCACCCUGUCAAGGCCCUGGACUUCCGCACCCCCGCCAAGGCCAAGCUGAUCAACAUCUGCAUAUGGGUCCUGGCAUCAGGUGUUGGUGUACCCAUCAUGAUCAUGGCUGUGACCCGUCCCCGGGACGGAGCCGUGGUGUGCACGCUCCAGUUCCCCAGCCCCAGCUGGUACUGGGACACGGUGACCAAGAUCUGCGUGUUCCUCUUCGCCUUCGUGGUGCCCAUCCUCAUCAUCACCGUGUGCUACAGCCUGAUGCUGCUGCGCCUGCGCAGUGUGCGCGUGCUCUCGGGCUCCAAGGAGAAGGACCGCAGCCUGCGGCGCAUCACGCGCAUGGUGCUGGUGGUGGUGGGCGCCUUCGUGGUGUGCUGGGCCCCCAUCCACAUCUUCGUCAUCGUCUGGACGCUGGUGGACAUCAACCGGCGCGACCCGCUCGUGGUGGCCGCGCUGCACCUGUGCAUCGCGCUGGGCUACGCCAACAGCAGCCUCAACCCCCUGCUCUACGCCUUCCUGGACGAGAACUUCAAGCGCUGCUUCCGCCAGCUCUGCCGCUGGCCCUGCGGCCGCCAGGAGCCCGGCGGCUUCAACCGCGCCCGGGAAGCUACGGUCCGCGAAAGGAUCACCGCCUGCACCCCGUCCGAGGGUCCUGGUGGCACCGCUGCCUGACCAGGCCCGGCUGGCCCACCGCGCGCCCCUCCGGAGUGACCUGGCGGUCACCCCGAGUGCUAAGGGGGGUGGGGGCCAGGGCGCCACAGGAGGAGAAAGGGGGCCUCUGUUUUGAAA